UAUGUUCUUGUCUUCUCAAUAAAACUGUUUGGAUAUCAAUUGCUUUGAUUGGAAACUGAUUUUGUGGCGUUUAUAUCGAUUUGCAAAUAGUUGUGUACUCAAAAGGAGUCUCGAUGUUGAUGCUAGGAGACGAUAUAGCUUCAUUCAUCGCCUAUCCCACUCCUGCACCCGGAGAUUCCAACAGUCGAACUUCAAGUCCAAACUCCAUUCAAGAAUGUUAA